UUUUUUUUUUUUAAUUUUUAAUUUUCAAAAUCCUAAAAAUUUCAGUAAUGGCGGAACCAGCUAAAGAUUUCGAAACCCUAGAUGUUAACAUGGAUUAUGAAGAAGAAGAAGCUAAGCAAGACAUCCAAUCUUCUAGCUCGUCAGAUUCCGAUUCUGAUGAAGAUGCUGCUGCUGAUGAGCAACAACUUCAAACCCUAGAGAAAGAAUUGGCGGAAAACCCUUCCAAUUACGACGCUCAUGCUCAAUACAUUAAAUCUCUGAGAAAAUUUGGUGAUAUUGAGAAGAUGCGGAAAGCGAGGGAAGAUAUGAAUGCGCUUUUUCCUUUAACUCCUUCUAUGUGGAGUGAAUGGGCAAAGGAUGAAGCCUCAUUAACAACUGGAAGCGAGGCCUAUGAUGCGACAGUGAAGCUUUAUGAGCGAGGGGUGAAUGAGUACUUGUCUGUGUCUCUUUGGUGCGACUAUCUAAAAUAUGUGGAAGAGCAUGAUCCAGCAGUCCAAGACUUCUCACCAGAAGGUCUCUCAAAGAUGAGAAACCUAUAUGAGCGUGCCCUUACUGCUGCUGGGUUACAUGUCACGGAAGGCAAGAAAAUCUGGGAAGCAUAUAAAGAGUUGGAGAAUAAUUUGAUCAGUACCCAUCACGAAGAAAACGCCGAGCGUCAAGAGGAGCAGGAACGACGUAUUCGUUCUUUAUACCAGCGUCAAUUGUCUAUCCCACAUGCCGACUCAGAGUCUACACUUGUAGCAUACACGAAUUGGGAGUCUUUACAGCAACAGCAGAAAACAAGUAAUUCUGCCGAAUUGGAGGCUAUUCCUUCUGUUGUUGCUUCCGCAUACAAAAAAGCCAUGGAGAUUUAUAAAGCACGUGUCUAUCACGAGGAGCAAAUUUCCAAGCAGGACAUGUCAGAGACAGAGAGGCUGAAAAACUACAUGACGUACUUGAAAUUUGAACAGUCUUCCGGGGAUCCAUCUCGUGUGCAAAUACUCUAUGAACGUGCUGUCACAGACUUUCCUUUAUCAAAUGAUCUCUGGCUGGAUUAUACUUGCUAUUUGGAGCAAACCUUGAAGGUUCCCAAAAUAGUUAUAGGUGCUUAUUCCAGAGCCACGAGGAACUGUCCGUGGAUUGGAAAACUAUGGGUUCAGUACUUACUGUCUUUGGAACGCAGUCAUGCUUUGGAGUUGGAGUUAGCUACUGUCUAUGAGCAGUCGCUGCUUUGUUCCUUUUCAAGCUUUGAGGAGUAUUUGGAGCUGUUCCUUACAAGAAUAGAUGGCUUGAGAAGAAGGUUUUCUUUGAGUGGUUCAGCAGAGGAUAGCUUGGGUUUUUCUGUGAUUAGAGACACAUUUCAGAGGGCUGCGGAUUACCUGUCCCCAAAUCUCAAGAACACAAAUGGUCUGUUGCAUAUGUAUGCUUACUGGGCUCGUUUGGAAUGGGAACUAGGAAAAGAUCUGGUUGCAGCUCGUGGAGUCUGGGAGAGCUUGCUUAAGAUCAGUGGUUCGAUGUUGGAAUCCUGGGAAGGUUAUGUUAAGAUGGAAAUUGAAACAGGUCACAUAGAUGCAGCUAGAUCCAUUUAUAAAAGAUGCUAUAGCAAAAGGUUCAUGGGAACCGGUUCAGAAGAUAUAUGCCAUUCUUGGCUGCGCUUUGAGAGGGAAUUUGGGACUCUAGAUGAUUAUGAUCAUGCCGUGAAGAAGGUUACACCACGUCUAGAGGAGCUUCAGUUAUACAAACAGCAGCAGGAGGCGAGGCUGGUUGCUGAGUCGGUACCUAGGGGAGAUGAUAAUCCUGCUAAAAAACCUUCUCAGAAGAGAAAAACAGGUAUCAGACAAACGGAUGGGCAGCCUACACCUAAGCGGCAGAAGGGCGCGGCUGAAAACCCAGUGCAGGCAACUGGAACAGAAACAGAAAAGGCUGUGGUUUCAACCGAUUCCCAAAAUACUUUAGAUCAACAAACUAAAUCGUCUUCUAACAAAGAGUUGUACAAAGACCAGUGUACAGCAUUUUUGUCUAACCUCCACCUCCAGGUUAAGGAUGAACACUUGCAUAGUUUCUUCGACGAUGUUGGUGGUGUAAGUGCUAUUCGUGUGCUGAAGGACAAGUACACUGGAAAAUCAAGGGGAUUAGCUUAUGUGGAUUUCACCAACGCCGAGUAUCUUUCAAAGGCUGUAGCAAAGAACAAGAAACUCCUGCUUGGAAAGAAAGUCAGCAUUGUACGCUCUAAUCCUCAACGCAACAAGAAUAAGGAAUCCUCAGAAAAAAACACGAGGGAGCCUGGUGAUAAUAAAACAAGAACAGCGGCUACUGAAAGUACUGGUACAUUGGAGGACCCGAAAAUCUCCACCGAACAUUCUAAAGAAUCUGAUGCGCCUCUUGCGGCAUCAGCCGCUGCUGUUGAUAGCAAGCAAGGAGAUCGUCGUGAACUGAAGGGAAAGAACACAUUUGCAGUGCCAAGAAAUCUUGCCAGACCCCUUGGAUGGACCAAGCCUGUAACUAAGAAAGAAGAAGAAAAUGACGAAGUCCCUAAAUCUAAUGAUGAAUUCAGGAAAAUGCUACUCAAGAAGUGAUGAAGUCUGUCGUAUCGUAUGCAUCUCAAAUGGAACUGAUUUUGGUAGUCAUAAAACCAAGCUUGAACAGAACUUGGUAUAGGUUUGCUUAGUUUGUGGGGGGUCAAGCAUUGCUUAGCUUUGAUAGAUGGAGGUGUAUGUUAUUUUUUAGUUUUUUUUGUAAACAUUUUUUUGUGCAGUUGUAUUUUGUUAUGAUCCAAAAAGAUUAACCCACUAACAAGCUAAAAACAGUUGUUCUGGAGGGAAACCCUCUUACAUAGUUGAGAACCUUCAACCUUUCCAUA